UGUUUUCCAUGACUCUCCUCCAACUUAACUUCAGCUGUGAUGUUGCAUGACAACAUUUUAAGCCCAUGAAAUCUCUCAAUGGUUCUUUGUAGCCGCGGCUGGAAGGCAUGAAGGAUUUGUCCUUCUUUCUCCUCAAGAAUGCUUUGGGUGCUAAGAUGAGAAAAGGCUUUAAACACUUUUGCAGCGGUGACGGAUCAACUUCCACCCUUAAUCAGCAAAAAAUGGGGCAGGGUUCGGCAUAUAUUGAUUCCCCGUAUUUGGAUGCUGUCACUUCCGGUUCCAGGGAAAGGCAACCAACCUUGGAGGAGAUGAUACUGCAGUUAGAGCUGGAAGAGGCAGCGUCAAGAAGAGCAAAAGUUGAUGAAUAUGGGGAGUACCGGCAUCACCGCAUGUCUUGUGUCAACAGUUCCGACAUUCUGCGGAGUGCAAGAAACGCAUUAAAUCAGUACCCUCGGUUUUCUCUGGAUGGAAAAGAUGCCAUGUACAGAUCUUCAUUUCGGAACAUGGUGCCCCUCAGCACGGGUGCAAGAAACUCGCUCGGCUGCCAUCAGGGAUCAAGGAAAGGUUUGUGUGGCGACGGUUUCGACUCAGAAGUGCGGAAAUUACGAGAGCUGCCGGCUACAAUAGGUGGAGAGAGCGUGGUGUGGUGUAGGCCUGGAGUGGUGGCUAAAUUGAUGGGUCUGGAGGCCAUGCCAAUCCCAGUUCAGAGACAUCAAAGAACGGACAACGGGCUGAAUGGUAAUGGUGCAAAGACGAGGCAAAAUCUGAGGAAGAGAGCUGGAAAACUUCAUGAGAUUGAAAGGAGAAGGGUGGUAGUAGAUGAUAGCAACGGUUGCAGCGCGAUGAGGAGCGGGGUAACUGGUUGUUGCUCAAGCUCAAGCAAGGGAUACUGUGUGAUGAAGCCAUUAGGCGUGGAGCUUCCAAAUGAACAAUUUGGCUGGCCAAUGCGGCGCUUGCGGCAGAAUGCCACCUCUCCUUGUUAGUGUCUCUACGUCUGCACCUUGGAUUGGAGGGAGACCAGUCACUUUCCUCAUACCUCCCAAAACCAAUACAGAGAUUUUUUAGCAAAUUGGUUGUUAAUCACUUCUUUUCUGCUCUCUCAUUCUUUAUUUAAAUCAAAUGUAUACGUGCGUGUGUGAGGUAGUAGGGGCACCAAAGAGACGUAUGGAUCGUCUGUCGUAGUGGUGAGGAGUCCACAAACAUUAUCCAAGCCAAAUAGGCUGGAUUGGAUGAAGGAAACCCGAGAGAGGCAGAGGCACGCAUGUUUUGUAGGGGCGUGCUGGAUUU